UAUAGCCCAGAGGACACGAAAUCUGAACGAAAAUAAUCCGUCUAUUUCGCAAAUUCACCAUUGAACAAUAGAACACGGAGUAAAAUUACAGGAUACAUUUGCAAAUAAAAUUGAUCUCUAAUGACAGUAUGUUGAUAUCAUACAAGUCAAUAGUGAUCAUUUAGUUACUUUUCAAUGACUUUUGCAGAGCUGCCGUCAUCGUUUCCUGUUCUCUCCCCUUUUAUUUUUUUGUAUGCAUGCAGUCCGUUAUCCAGAAAAAAAGUAGGCUACACUCGGUGAAGAAAAUUCAGAUUUAAGGAUACUCUGCAAGAGAGCUACAUUUGCGUUGUCAAAGAAUGGAUUGUUGAAAAAUACUCCAAUAAGUGUAUAAAGGAUAAGGCGUGUGGGCGGUCCGAGGGUGACGAUGACUGCCAACAAAAGUUCCAAGGCUGCACCCCGAGCAAGAGGGGCUAAUGUGCCCCGGGACAUCCCCGACAGGUGCCAGUCUGCGUCCCCACCCCCCAUUCUCUCUGCCACACAGGGGCGGUGCCACGCCCCGCUCAGCGACAGCGAGGACAACAGGCAGCACGUCAGAUACGUCAAAACAGACGGCAGACUCUUGGGCCGGGCUGGCUGCAGCAGCAAGACCGCUAGCCUCUGCAGUGGAGCCUCCCUCUCCUGUGACUUACCGUCCCAGAGCCGACUUACCAAGUCCAAGAGCAUUAGCUGCCUGGACAACAAGCUCUCCAUCUACAAGCCCUCUGGUGGGGCACCGGUGCGUCAGGAGGCCCAGGAGGAGCAGAAAGAGAACCAGAAACAGGAGGACAUUCCAGGGGGAGGUGGACUGAGUGGUGGUCCCCUGAGCUGGAGCACCCUCUCCCUGGGACCUUCAUCCAAACACGGCCACAAGCGCACCCUCUCUCUCAGCCGCCCCGUGUCAGGAGCAUCCUCUGUGGCCAUCCGUAAGAAGAUCUCAGAAUGGGAGUGCAGGAGGGUGGCUCUGCCUAGGAUGAGCCUGUGUCUGGAGAAGAGGCCUGUAGGUGAGCGUGUGGGCGGCAGCGAGGGCUGCCCCAGCCUCCUCCCCUCACCUUGCAGUGAGAAGACCUUUGACUUCAAGAGUAUCCGGAGGAUGAGUACGGCUUUCUCAGAGUGCUCCUACCCAGAGACGGAGGAAGAGGAGGCAGCCUCAGACAGGGAGUGCCUGGGCCGCUUCCAGAAGAGGCCAGGAAAGACAGACUCCUCUUCCUUAUUCCUGAGCUCCCUGUCUGCUCGGAAGGAAACGUCUGCUGUACUCAAUCGGAUACAAAAGAUUGAGAAGGUGCUGAAGGAGAGCCCCAGCCAGCCACCGCGGUAUCUUAGUAACUGCUAUGCACCAGACAAAACAAGACAGAAGUGUUUUAUGAUAGGUGGGGUUGAGGACUUGGACAGUAGGGGCACCAGUAAACGCAGCAGUAUAUGUUCUGUGGCCACAGAACCAGACGCCCUGCCGGCCUCUGAUAAACUCUCCAGACAGAGGUUCAGUGUGAGCUCAACCCGGUCAGAGACCGAGAGCCUAGAGCCCCCCUGUCAACAGACCCCGGAGGGCAUGCCAGUCAACCCCCUGCCCAAACCAAAACGCACCUUUGAGUACGACGCCAACCGCAACCACAAGGGAAUGUCGCCAAUCAACGGACUACCUCCUGACAGUGCCUCUGAGGAAUCACCACCCCUGCUGCCCACCACCCCCGCACCCAACAUGACGCGAAAUCUGACAAAGGAUGGGAGCUCCCCCAAGAGACUCCAGGACAGGGAGUCAUGUGAGUUGGAGGAUUCUGCCAGCCUGACCUCCUCGUACCCAUCCUCUCACACAGAGAAUGGCACUGUUUCCACAGAGACCCGCAGCAGCCGGCCCAGCUCCAAAAGCACUUUAGAGGAGAACGCCUAUGAGGACAUAGUGGAGAAGGAGAACCCGUACGAGGACGUGGACCUGAAGAGGAGGAGUUUGGGUCGGAAGAACCGCUUGGUACCGGAAAGUAGCCGGACCUGGACCUCCCAGAAACUCAACUCACCUCCUCAGCUGCCCUCUAAGCCCAGUAGCCAGUCCCUGCGCCUCUCUGGUCCCACAGACAAGAAGAGUCACCGGGCAUCCCGCCUGUCCAAGCGACACAGCCAUGAUGACAUGCUGCUGCUGCCGCCCCAUCUGGGGGUCUCUCCCUCCCCCUGCUGCCUGCUGGAUGACAGCCUGAGCAGCGCCAGCGACACCCUGGCCUCCCGUAGGCACCGGAGGAUCCCCAAGAUUGUCCAGAGAAUCAACUCCAUUUACUCUACCAAGAGAGGGAAGAAGAGGCUGAAGAAGCUGUCCUUGUCUAAUAUUGAGACGGCAUCUCUGAGAGAUGACAACAGUGAGAGCGAGAGCGACUCUGAUGACAGGUUCAAAGGUUGUUAUGUGUUGGACUGUGUGAGGAUAAACAUGUCCCACACCCAGAGGCUGCUGAAGCUGCAGUCAAUGCUGAGGAGGGCCCCUAGCUACCGCACACUGGAGCUGCAGCUGAUUGAGUGGCAGGAGAGGGAGCUGUUUGAGUACUUUGUGGUCGUGUCCCUCAAGAAGAAGCCCACCAAAAACUCCUUCUUUCCCGAAGUCACCUACCAGUUCCCCAAGCUAGAGAGGCCCACCAAGCUGAUGAGGGAGGCAGAGCAGAGACUCAAAGCCAUCCCCCAGUUCUGCUUUCCAGAUGCCAAGGACUGGACCCCAGUGUCUGAAUACAGCAGUGAGACCUUCUCGUUCAUGUUGACUGGAGAGGAUGGCAGCAGGAGGUUUGGGUACUGCAGGCGUCUGCUGCCUAGUGGGAAAGGGCCUCGCCUUCCUGAGGUGUACUGCGUCAUCAGCCGACUGGGCUGUUUCCACCUGUUCUCCAAGAUCCUGGAUGAGGUGGAGAGGCGGAGGGGGAUCUCUGCAGCCCUGGUCUACCCCUUCAUGAGGAGUCUGAUGGAGUCACCCUUCCCAGCGCCGGGGAAGACCAUCAAAGUCAAGACCUUCCUGCCUGGAGCAGGGAAUGAGGUCAUUGAGCUGAGGCGGCCCAUGGACUCCAGACUGGAGCAUGUAGACUUUGACAGUCUUUUCAGCUGCCUGAGCGUGCGUCAGGUGGUGCAGGUCUUCGCCUCCCUGCUGCUGGAGCGCAGAGUCAUCUUUGUGGCUGAUAAACUCAGUACCCUGUCCAGCUGUAUGCACGCGGUGGUGGCUCUGCUCUAUCCCUUCUCCUGGCAGCACACCUUCAUCCCCGUCCUGCCUGCCUCCAUGGUGGACAUCGUCUGCUGCCCCACGCCCUUCCUGGUGGGGCUCCUGUCCAGCUCACUGCCCAAACUCAAAGACCUGCCUGUGGAAGAGGCUUUGAUGGUGGACCUGGGAACUGACCGUUUCCUCAGACAGAUGGAUGAUGAGGCCUCACUGUUGCCACGGAAACUCCAGUCUGCUCUUGAGCUAACUCUGGAGCAGAGGAAUGACAUCAUCAAUCAGGACUCUGACAGCGAGUCAGACGAAGAGUGUAACUCCUUGAACAGCCUGGUGUCGGAGGCCUUCAUCCGUUUCUUCCUGGAAACCAUCGGCCACUACUCCCUGUUCCUCACCCAGAGCGAGCGAGGAGAACGCAGUUUCCAGCGCGAGGCCUUCCGCAAGUCUGUGGCCUCCAAGAGCAUCCGUCGCUUCCUGGGGGUCUUCAUGGAGUCCCAGAUGUUUGCGGGGUUCAUCCAAGACCGGGAGCUGCGGAAAUGCCGGGCCAAAGGACUCUUUGAGCAGAGGGUGGAGCAGUACCUGGAAGAGCUACCAGACACAGAGCAGAGUGGAGUGAACAAGUUCCUCAAAGGGCUAGGAAGUAAAAUGAAGUUUCUUCACAAAAAGAACUGAGGAAACCUGCUACUUAAUAACCAAAUACCGGAGCAUGAAAGCUUGUUCUACUGCAAACAGAAGAUCUGAUACACCCAAAACCCUGUAUUUUAUUGACUUGUUCACUUGUUUGUCUAUCAGAAACAUCAAUGAAAUGUCAAAAUGUUGUACAUAUUUCACUGUAAACUGGCUGUGAUACCCUCCAAUGUAGCUUGAUUGUUAGGUGUCUGGUACCUUAAUUAUGAGGCUAGUUACAGUAGGACGGUACAGAGUGAAUGUGCCUUUGUUUCUGAUUAACCACUGACAUUAAAGUGUACGUGAGAAAAAUAUGAUCAGACUGAGUGAGUGAAUGCAAGCUGAUGUAUGGUGGCUGUACAGUUACUAUGUUUUGUAGUUUAGAUCAUCGUUGUCCUGUCUUUUUGCUGAAUGAGAGCUGUAAAUUCCACACCUGGUUGGGAGGAUUUGUACAUGCAUUAACACAUGAAGAAAAUGAUUGUAAAUGUUUAAAACAUGCAUUGCUUUGUAAAAUUCAGUAAUUAAACACAAAAGACUUCAAA